AAUGUAUUGACAGGUUACUACUAGAAAUCGUUUUCCGCCAAUACUCGAUUGUCACGCGAUAAUCCAGCGAAUCCUUGACGACCUUUUUCGAAGGCGGCAACUUCCUUUCACGGAAAACACUUACUAUCCAGCUGAGCCUGAGAUUAUAUAAAGAAGAGUGUUUGGAGUAUACGCGUCAUUAGCAUCCAACACUCGUGCGUGUAAACAUCACGAUAUUAAAGAAAGCCAGUGAGACUUUCAAUUCACAUUAUGGACUAUAUCAAAGGAAGAGUGGAACAUCCUGAAUCCGACGAAUUAUCUUGGAAAAAGUACGCUAUAAAACAAGGCUAUUUGAUCAAGUUUCAUCGCGGUAUACUGAAAGCACCAAAGAUGCAAUAUUUUGUUCUAACGGCCAACGGCCUUAUCUCGUUUGAAGGCAAACCAAGCCAUGACACUAAACCGCUUUGCUUCCUACCUUACGAGCAACUAUCUUCGAUCAAACUUGACCACAUCGAACUGAACAGUUGUAAGCUUUGUUGCAUGCAACUGACAAGCAAAACAAGCCCGAGUUUUACGCUGGGUUUCAACCGCAAGGAAGACAGAGAUGAUUGGAUGAUGAUUAUGAUGAAAGCCUUCUCAGAGGCGCUAUUGACGACGCGUGUUUUCAACAAAACGGCAAGCAUGAUCGAAGAGGACGGAGCGAGUGCAAGCGACGACGCUGCGACGAAAGGAACCGCACAAGUCAACACAACGGCGAAAGAAAAACUCGAACACAAACUGAGCACGGGCAGUUAUGGACAGAGUUUGAGACGUAAGCGCAGAAAGGGCGACAAGGGCAGCAUUCGAAAGUCAAAAUCGUAUGACUCGCUGGCUUUACACGAUGUUACAAACCGCACUGCAGCACACAAUUUCCCUAACAAGAGAUCAUCCGUAAACCCCCUCAGACCCGAGGCUGAAAACGCUUUCUUUAAUCCCGAAACAAGAAAACGCAAAUCCGAGCCAGACAUCCAUGUCAUUUCACAUUUUCCUAUCGCGUGGACAACAGAUAGCAAGGAAAAACUCUUCGCAAACUCGUGUAGUUUUGAACACAGAGACUCACUGACCGUUCGAGCCGAAAAACAACACAAGAACAAAAGUGACUCAAAACAUAAAUCAAACGUGUUCGCGAAACUACGUUCAAAACUAGAAAACCCUGUCAAAUACGUACAUUAAGUAAGAACGCCGAAUAAAUUUAAUUUUGUAGUGUGAUCCGUGACGCAUGAAAGUGCGACAUAUAUGCACAAUGGGAGAUGCUGAUUGUAAAUAAUAUUUAUUUGUAUAUAAAUAAAUUUUCGGGGAUAAUUUAUCAAUUCUUGUGUGUUAUUGCUUGAAGGUCAAGAGUGGGUAUAUAUGGUAUUCUGUAUAUAAUGUCAAAUACGAGGCCUACAGUUGAUCGAUAUUCGCUUGAACUGACUGAAACGAUAAAACGCGCUUUGUUUUCGACCUUUAGAGUCAAAGCCAUUUGUCAAGAGCUUGACUGAUAGUACUGAGUAUAGCCACCAGCGUGAUAAUAGAGGACUCGAGAUUGACGUUUACGGCAGCCGGUAACCGCAAACAGCACUCUUAAAUCGCAUUUGAAGCUAAUUCAUGCUUCAAUUUUAAUACACAAAUUGCCCGAACUUCACUAACAGCUAUAACAGUUCAUCUCAAAAUACGAUUUCAAGUUUGCCGUUUGCGUUAAUAGAAGUACUUGUCAAAGUCUCUUCACUUUCGGGUAGUUCAGACAUAGGGGAAACACAAAUUUGUGAUUUGUACUUAAAAUAGUAUAUAUUUUAAAGCUUGGUAUAUAUAAAUUAUGGUCGGCUUGCUGUACAAUACGAUCAAAGGUUUCCGAAACACGUAUAUUUUGCCAACAAAUAUUUAUACCCGUUAUAGUCGAUCGAUAGGCGGAAUAUUUUAAAAAGGAAGAUUAUAAAUAUUAGUAUAAGUGCAUAUAUUGUAGGUGUUCACUACAACGUAGGGCCUACUGCACCGAUGAAGCAGAAAAUUACUUGUUAACAUUGUGAUGGUGCAGUGAUUAUACAGUUGAUUUUCUUUUACUGACUUACAAAAGGCUUGUCUAUAUAAAUCUGCAGGACUAUAUGAUGACAAGUUGCGAUUGAGUGAGAUCGAUAAAUUUUAUUAUGUUUAUAUAUAAGUCAGGAUUUGGUUUGGACUUGCCAAAACUCAAACCGAAGGUUGCGGAUCAGUCUAACACUAUAUGUCUGUUUGCGCGGUAAAGACAUGAUAAUUACAGCCAGCGUUUAGAAAUAUCAACAAGCUUAUAAAAGAUUACUCAAGCAUAUCAUGCUCAUCAAAUAUAAUAGUAAUUUCAAUUGAUGGCUCUCGUUCUGAUGAAAUUUAGUUGAAACAUAGUUUUGGACAAACAGUUAUAUCAAACGAUUCUCACGUGACUUGGCGCUUUGAAUGAUUUGAACGUUUGAGAAGGAUCGUUCAUUCUCAUCUCAUCCGCUCUGAAUGAAAGAGUGAAACAAUUUUUUAAUUUUCAAGUCAGCAUUUUAUUUAAUGACGUUUUAACAAGGCUACUACCGGCCAUAUUGAAAAUUAAAAUUUUCAACUAUUUAAGAUAAUCGUGACCUGCAUGCAAUGAUGAUAAAGUGUAUAAAUGUGUAAUUAAAAUUUCAAUUUUUGUAUUAGGGAGUGUUCAUUAUUUAUACCUGGGGGUGGUACCGAAGAGAAACUAAUCGAAAAGAGAAAAAAACAACCACCCACCCUUUCAGUCAACCAUUUUUUUCCCUACCCAACUAUUGCAUGACUUGGAUUUUUAUUUUACCCAACCCAAUUUCAAAAUUAUACAAGUAUUUCACAUAUAUACAUAUAUAUUAUUAUACAAGCUAGGCCACUAUAGUAUAAACAGUACUAUGCAUAUUUGGUGCACUAACUGAAUGUCAAAUAUAAUCAUUUGUACCUUCACAAGUUCAUACUAUGUUCCCAAGCCUCCAAGUUCCUGCAGUCCUACCAUAUCUCGUUAUUGUAAUCAGAGGGGAUGGG